AUUUGCAUAAUUUCCUGUUCAUGGCGGAAGGCGUCUUCAGGUUGAACUAAUCUGAAAUACAAUGUAUGUUAAUGAAAUAAAACGACGGUUUAUAUAAUCACAUUUUUAAACAGAAACGUCAGUCAUAUGCAUUAAAUUUAACUGUUAACACCGCUUAUCACCACAUCGAAACAUUAUGUAUUAUUUCUAGUCGAUAUUAUUGAAAAUAUGAGGCUGUUCUAUUUAGUUUUAGCUUUGGGUUUCCCCUUGCCGAGACUUGCCAUGAUCUGAUAUGCAUGGAUUGUGGUCAAAUAAUGUUUUUAUUUUGGGUAACAAUUUCGUAUGAAUUACCGAAUUACUAAUAGUUAAAAGGUUAUUAAAUAGUGGUCUUACUUUUGGAUUCAAAGUUAAAACCCUAAACAAAUCAUUUUCUGAAUAGCCUAAAAAAGAAUAAAAAAAGGGGGGGGGGGGCAGAGGUUGGCAACGAAGGUUCAACACCUUGUUUUGUCCACUGAAUAGUACAUGCUGUAACUGUAAGUACAAGUCACAGGGUUUUAAAACCUGGCGUAGCAUUUCACUGAAUUUCAAGGCUUGCAGAAAUGGUUAAUCUUAUGAUUUUNUUAAUCAAGUGGUGGGUCGUGUUAAUCAAGUGGUAGUUUGUUUGAAUCAAGUGGUGGGUCGUGUUAAUCAAAUGGUAGUUUGUUUUAAUCAAGUGGUGGGUCGUGUUAAUCAAGUGGUAGUUUGUUUUAAUCAAGUGGUGGGGGAGGGGGCUAGAUAUUUAAGGCCAUUAAAUAACACCGCCUCAUUUUAUAAUGAUGGUGUUGAGUGUCUUAUUGCUGCUUUGAGAUUGUGUAGUCACAAUGAACUCACUAGAUAUGGCAAAAGACAAAGUAAUUUUAGCGCAAUCACCCUAGUGACUACUGACUUGUAAAUAAUUUACUUCACAUUCACUUGUUUGCUUUGGUACUGUAUGACGUAAUUUUGUUACAUAAAUAUUUUCUUUUUCGGCUGAUCUGCAGUGAUUGGGAAAACAAAGAAAGCUACACAUUUUUACAAAAAUGCAUCCUCAUUUGCUCCGCACAACAGUGCUAGAUAUUGACAUAUGUAAUGACAACUAGUAAGCGGCAUUUGAAAUCUAUCUUUAGAAAGUACACCUUUAAUAUGACAGUUCUCGAAUCCCUUCUCACAAUACAGGUUGUGAUAGUUUUUUGACUAUGUCAACGGAAAAUAAAUUAAGCUCCUUGAAAUGCAGGGGUGGCCAACAUGCGGCCCUCCACCUUUAAUAUCGUGUGUGUAUAUGUAUGACAAAUGAAAUUUUAAUAAUAAAUGAAGUGCCUUAAGGAAUUUUAAAUUAUAUCUAUAAAACAAUUAUACUAUUUAGUAACUACUAAAAUUAAAGAAUUUAUAUAAUUUCUAGGUAAAGGGAACCUAACAUUUCACAAGCAUUUACCAGUUGUUCUCCAGUUAAGUGGAGAAUGAUGCAAAACUAUAUUCAGGGAUAUGCCAAAGCACAUCGCAGCAUUUUGAAUUAAAAAAACAAUUCCCUUUUGGUGAUUUCCGCAUGUGUCCUCGAUUUCAGCUCCCCACUAGAUCUUUUUAUAUCAAAGUAACAAAAGACGGGCACCUUUUCGUUAGCAAAAAAUAAGCACUUAAUUUAAAUAUAUAAAUAUCAGUUAUAUACUUUGGGAAGUUACCCUUCUUAGACAUGCAAUGCGAACAUUUAUAAAAUUUAUGGUAAAUAUUAUAAUUAUACUGUAUGUUUACCAUCUCAAAAUUGUACAUACUGUAUAGUAAUAUUAAAUAAAUAAAGUACAAAGUUGUACUAUUUUGGGAGUUCCGUGGUGCAAGGAAAAAGAAUGAUAAAACAGAGGAAACAUUUAAGUUAUAAUAUUAAUUUGUAUAUCUUAAAAAACACUUCAUUAAACAUAAGCCUUUCUGUCUACAAUUUGCUUUGCUAUUCAAUUAAUAAAUUAUAGGCUUAGUCCAUUAUUUUCGAUUUAUAAAUUAACUUACUUUUGGGUAGGUGAUUUAAGAAUUAAUAAAACAAUUUGCAGGUGUGAAACUAGUCAAAUAGCUCUUGGUGUAUGCCGAGUUUACUGACUUACCAGGUCGGUAAGGUGAAUGAUUAUUUUUCUUUGUAAAUCAAGUUCACAAAUGACUUACAGAUCACAUUGUCGCUAGGAGUAACUAAAACCAAGCCAGUUCUGAUAAUUAUCUAGUAAUAUUUGUUUUUUAAGGUGACUUUUAGUAAAGAAUUUGAAAUUAAUAAAAUGGAUUUUGAUUCCUUCACACAUUUCUUGACAGACGAAAUCUCCCACAUAGUCCAUCAAUAGUGCUGUAUAUUACAAAAGAUAGCUGGAGCUUAAAAUUUUGUUAUAUUCAUUAAAUCAUAGUUAAAUGGUUAAAUAGCAAUUACCAUUUAACUAUGAUUUAAUUGCUUUAGAUUGCUUGAUCUGAUAAGUUAAUUCUUUAAAAAAAACCGCCUUACUGAACUUUCUCAUUGGUAACCAGGACAGGUAAACAGAUUAUUGAGUACCGUACCUGUACGAUACUACUGUGUACAUUAAAUAUUUUCCACUUAAAAUUGUUCACUUAAUUUAUUGAAAUUAAUAAAUAUUUAAUGAGCCUUACUUAAAAUCAUGCCGAUUGUGUGUUCCCUAAGUUUUCUUUCCAGAAAUUUCACUGUAACAAUGUCGCGAAUAGUGAUAUAAAAAUCUAGCCUUAACUACAAACUUUCUCUACUUUUUUUUAGCCUUACCAAUACACAUUACUAACUCGUAUACUAUACGCUUUUCCAUACAACGCGGUCAGCCAUUUUAGUUAGUAUUCUAUAAAAUAUUAAAAACCAACCUGCCAUAAUUUAGUUUGAUUUACUUUAGGUCUAUAGAUUUAAUUUAAGAAAAUUCAAUAUUUAUCAAAAUUAUUAUUGUUCAUGCCGGCUGUUAUAGGUACACAAAAUAUAUAUGUACCGGUGCCAGCUGUGGAAAUGCAACCACUUGGCAUGAGUAAAAUACUGUGUGAUUAUAUAUGAGGGUUUGUUACCCGACUCUAUAUUAACCUGUAUAGCUGGGUUUAGGAUUCGCCUAUACACUAUGUUUGCCCGCCUUGCUCAGCGCGAUCCUAAAUUUUUAAACUUUGUUACCCAACCUUUUCACCCUUUUGAAAAUACGCGGUAGUCAUUAAAGUAUUUGCCAUUUUACAAAGUACAAAGGUUAAAUUUAUUUAUCGCCCACAAAAUAAAAUAUUGCAUCUUUUAAUGCACUGACACUUUGGUAUCUUGAUGAGGUAUCCUUCUUUCCAAUCUUUUGGAACUUCCUCUUUACUUAAAUUGGCAACCAGAAAUUUGUACAAAAAUACUUAGUUUUGAACUGUUAUUUUUUUCAAACAGAAGUUUAUUCAAAAUGAAAUAAUGUGGAAAAACCAACAAAAAUAAAUUUCAUUAGUGUUCAUUUCCCCAAUAUCUCACAAGCACAUUCCUCUAAAAGCAUUAAAAAAAAGGAAAAAAUAUCUGUUUGUCAAAUUUUUUGAACAUACCAAUUUCCUUGGUAAAAAUUUCUUUCAUAUAAUUUCCGGAUACAAUUUUAAAGAGGUUAUUUUAAUUGUAUUUAUGCCUAUAAUAGGUAAUAACUACUUUUUUGUGUUUCCAUGUGUUUGGCAUCCAUGCAAUGGUUUUUAAAGAUUUUCUCCCUAAGCAAUUUGACUUUCCCAAGCCACUCACAACACACAUAAUUGAGCUUUUGAAUCAAACAGGUAUGGGAGAACUGGUGAUGAACAUUUUUUUUUUGGUCAGAAUUGAACUCUUACCUUGCAGAAAUAGAAUACAUCCACCAUCCGCAAAUUUAAAAAUGCUAAUUGAUACGCAUAUAAAAAAAAAAUAACGGACUUAAUUUUUAAUAUUUCGUGAUAUUUUUUUCAGUUAUUCCAGUUAUCAUGUCUGAGGCCUCUUUGUCACCCAAAAGGGUAUGUUUUCAUAUUUAUUUGGUUUUCUAAUCUUUUUUUUCUUUAAUCAAGCAAGAAAAAAAGAAGUUAAGUACAUAAACAUUUGUCUUCGUUUGUAGUCUAGUGUAGGUCAACAUAUUCAUUGAGAUUUAGGAGACAAAUCUUAAUAUUGGAUUUGGAUACAAAAAUUACCAUUUUAUAUUAACAUGCUGUCAGAAAAGUAUUUUUCAUUCACUUUCAGUAAUUGUUGAAAAACACCUCUAAUAACAUUUAACAUAUUGUAUCGAAACAUUCAUUCAAAUAAUAAUUGGCGGUUUUAUUUCUAAAAAAAAAACCAAACUAAACAAAACAAGUGAUAAAAGCUAUAUUCAAGUACCAGUAGUAAAAACCAAAAUAAACAAAACUAGUGAUAAUAUUCAAGUACCGGUAACUAUUUAAACUGAUGUUAUUUUUCAGCCUCGACUUGAUUAUGAUGAUAACUCAGAAAAAGAAGAUCGUUAUGACAAAUACAAGUAAGUCUUUUUAGGCUAUACUUCUGGGUUUCAUUUUAUAAAAGUAUUAAUGUUUAUUACUAUUAUUAAUAUUACUAAAAGAGGAAUUAUGAUAAUUGUUUCAGCCUAUUUUAGAAUAUGGUUAACCCUUUUCCCUGAAAAUUUCAUUUUUUAAAGGUCAUAUUCUUUAAUAAGCUUAUACUCUGAAAAUUAAGUUGUAAAAAAAAAUAUAUUUCUCCAGAAACCGUGAUCGUGAGCAUGAUGAACAAAACAAUUUUUUGCAAUCAAAAAGCAGAAAACGGUCUGACCCAGGUACGUGCAUUUGUGUUUUAAAAAAAUAUUUUUUUAUAGCUUUAAAAGAAACUAUUUUUGGUUAUGACAUUUAAUUACUUGCAAUGCACUUUUUUUUGUUAAAAAAAACAACAAACCUUUUCACGAAGGAACUAAAUUUUUCUCUGUAUAUAACCUUUUUUUUUUUAAUCUCUUCAAAACUGGACAUUUUAAAGCAAAGUAAUAAGGAAUAUAAAUUUAAUUUAAAUGCAGUGCACAUUUAUUAAUCCCUGUAUUAGUUUCGGGUAAUUUAAAAGGAAUUAAAUUAUUUAUUAAUAACAAAUAAAUAUUUGAAUAUAGGUUAUGGAGUUCCCCAUAAGAAUUGAAUUGUGUUAGAAACUUUUUAUGAAUCUUUGACUUUAGAUGAUGAUGAUGGGAAAGAGGAUGAUGCUAAAAGUAAAAGUAUCAACAUAGAAACAGCUCGCCGGGAGCACACUUUGGUAAUGAGGUUAACAAACAAAGAACAGGAGCUUCAGGAUUGUAUGGUAUGCUUUUUGGUCUAAAAGACUCCACAACUACUUCACUUAAGCUCAUUUAUAUGAAAUGUUUAGUUAUUUCACAGUUAUGUUGCUUGCCUGUUGUUUGAAUAAGAUUUUUACUAUGCUAAAUGAAAUUAAAUUUUGAAUUCCUUAUCCUGGGAAAUGAUAAAGCAACCGUUAUUUUAUUGAUUUAAAAUAUGUGGAUAUCCAUGUUGAUUUUUAAACAUAAAUAUUUCUUUUGGAAUCUGUAACUUCUGCAGAUAUAUUUUCUAUUAAUAUUUUGUAAUCUGUUAAAUUUUGUAAAAUUUGAAUACUGAUAAGAAGUAUAAAACGAUACUGAAACUUUCUUUUCUUAAUUAAUUGCAAAAGGAUUUUUAAUGUAUAGAUUUUUUUAAUAAAAUCUGAUUUGAGUUUUGGGGUAUCAAAUUAAAUCAUUUUUGUGUCCCUGCUAUGUAAAUUUAACCUGCUCCACUGUAAUUUUUAUUUCCAAAAGUAAAAACCUUAAUAUUUUUUCAAAGUAGUGUAUUUAAAAAAAAAAAUUUGAAUGCAAAUUUUUUAAUAGUAAAAAUAUAGUUUUUAAUUUUCUGUGCAUGUUUACUUCUGAUACAUUUUUACUGAAAUAGGAGGAGGUUAAAUAUUCUUUAUAUCUUCUUGGCUUGCCUAUAAGUGGGUACUUUAAAUUUCAGUGCUUCUUUUUUCUUUUUAAUGUUUUGAAUACCUGUAUUAGUGUAUAUCUAUUUUUGAAUGUAUCGAUGGAAAUAGAGAAUAAGAGAGAUUGUUUGGUUGGAUAAAUAAGUUUGGCAUACAUGAGGCACAUUUAAAGCUUUCAUUUAUUGUAAUAAGCAAAAAGUAUGUUUUGAUGUUGUUUAAAAUAAUAUUUUUUUAUGGUUGAAAUUUUGAUUUGCAGAACCAAAUUCAAGAAAUGAAGCAGGCACAGACCCAAAACACAGCCCAGCUGCGCUCUAUGCUUCUUGAUCCAGCCAUCAACCUUGUAUUUCAACGUAUGGCGAAAGAGAUGGAUGAACACAAGGAAAAACUCAAGCAAAAACAAAAUGAACUCAGUGCUUGGAAGUUCACGCCAGACAGGUGUAUAUAUUACCCCUCUUUCAUUUAUAGAUGUUAACAUUUUCUCCACGAGUGCUAGACUCAAAGAGAGAUGUCACUUGAUGGAAAACAAUACAAUAUUUGGAUGAAUUGGAAGCCAAGGCAGAACCACUGUUUGUGCCCAGAAGCAACUUCUCCACAAUCAAGCUUUGUCUGUGGUUUUCAGCCAAUCCUCAAUAGGAUGCAAAUUUCCUUUGCUCGAGUUCCGUCAGUGGGGUGUGACAUCCAACUUGCCUGCCUUAAACCUGUGUGGAUGUAUGGGUCAUCCCCCUCAUUCUUAGCCCAUUUGUGAUACUGAUUUAAUGAUGAAUUGAGCUCAUUGAAUUGAAAUAUGUAGUCUGCUAAUUUGAUCGUUGCAUAUCAGCUGAGCUUCAAUGUGAUAGGAGCAAACUGCGCACUUAACAAGCACUUUAAAUUACUGUUAAUCCCUCGAUCUGUGAACUUAAGUUUAAAGUCUAAUUAGAAGCAUUGUUUCACAUGAUGGUGUUGGCACCGUGACAGAAAGUUCAGAUUUCGUAUGCAUAUGGAUAUCAGUGGGGGCUGUACUUGCACAGUUCUAUCUUGAAAGACAUUGCAAGGACAUGGGGUAGCCAAAGAAAAAAAUGAGUAAUAUAUUUCUCCAUGCAUCCUAAAUAUUAUGAUGGAGUGUUCCACAUUGUUUUGCUUCAUUCCUUUGAGGAUAUAUGGCUUUGCAGGUCACAAAAUGUUUUACAAGAAAAGGGGAAGGGUUUUGGUAAAUCCAAGCAUUUUAUAUUUGCAAGUAAAAAAUUCCAUAAACAGCUGUGUUAUAGCUUGCAUAUUUUUACUUUAAAAAAUACAAACUGUCUUUCCCUUUCUUAAAUGUAAUUGUUCUUUCUAUCUCAAAAAAUCUUAUGUUUAUAUCUUUUUCAAUUUAUUUUCUGUCACGGAACUGUAUUUUGAAAAACAAAAACAAAAUAGCAUGUGCAUUUUAUAUUGUUUGUUUCAUACAGUAUGUGUAUACAUUUUGUACUUACUUUGAAGAUUCUCUGCUACUAGCUAAAUAUUUUAGAUAACACCGGAUCAGUCACACCAUAGGCUAUUGGUCAAUUUCGGGUAAUGUCCCCAUGACAAGUUUUUGAGUCAUCUUGUUACCAACAAGGAACUGCGCAUGGUAAAUUCCUAUGUCAGUUACAGCAGAUUCUACACAACCCUUGAAAAUUGAAAGUUUCAAAAGUUUCAUCAUGGCCAUAGAAAAGUAUGUGCUAAAGUCUACCUACCAUAGAACUACAGCGACUUUUUCGCUUGUGCAUGACAGUCAUGUAUUUCAAGUCUCAUACUGUCAUGUAGCAGAACUGAUCAACCACAGAAUGCCCUGAGCUUAUUUUACUGUUCACAACCACAUACAUAUCUAAUGGGCUCAAAAUUGGGAUGCAAGGCAUCUUCAGAGUUAAGCUGUUUCGAAACUGCACGUUUACAUAAGGGUUGGACAGCAGGAAUAUUUAUGGUAAAACUCAAGUUGGAUAAAUAUGUUAUGAUUCAGCAAAUAUUGGCAGUAAAUAAUUUUCUUCAUUAAAUGAAAUUGCUUAAACUUAUACAAUACUUAUAUGAGCUUAUUAUAUUUAUUAAAUCUUCAAAGCUGAUGCAAUUUGUUUAUGGUCUUUUCAAGGAUUAACUGACUUGGAAUAAUGUACCAGAAUUCUGCUACAUCUGAUUUGUGCAACUGUUGUAUUCUGAUAAUCUUCAGUAUCAGCAAAAUGAAUCCUAAGUUUAUGGUGUGUUAAGAAUAAUAUUCAUAAAAGAAAAUAUAGUUAUGGCAUUUGAUUUCAUAAAUGUGAUUUUACUAAAUGUAGAGUUUAUGAUGCAACAUGAGCUGACGAUUAUUUCACCUACUUCGUGUUGCCAUAAUCUUCACAGACCAGUAUGAAUAUUGCUAUACUAAUCCUUCUCAAGGUCAUCUGAAAUUUUACCUCAAAAGGCCAACACUCCAAUGUAGCUCUAGCUAAAUAAAUUUUUUACAAGAAAAACCCCCCUUGAAAUGCUGCAUUCAACGUUAUUCGUUCAUCUACAUUGACCAUUGAACACAGUAUUAUGAUGUGUUUAAAGUCUCCUUAACGUGGCCAGGCACUUCAUAAAGAAUUCAACACAUUUUCAACCAUCUUCACUUCUUUAUUGUGUCUGUGCAAGUUUGUGGGGAUGCUCAGCAAGUAUUUAUGCAGCAUGAAUCUCAAGCCAUCCAUUCAUCUACUUUGACCAAUGAACACAGUAUGGUGAUGUGUUUAAAGUCUACUUAAUCGUGGCCAGGCACUUUAUAAAGAAUUCAACACAUUUUCAACCAUCUCCACUUCUUUAUUGUGUCUGUGAAAUCUUGGAGAUGCUCAGCAAGUAUUUAAGCAGCAUGAAUCUCAAGCCAGCUCACAUCAAAAGAUAUAACUUUUUCCUGCACCUACACUGUUGAACUCAGGACAAAGGGCAAGUUUUGUGCUGUACUAAUUGCAGUUCAGAUCGUGUUAUAACUGCAUCUGAAGUCCAGAAAUGGUGUUUUCCUUACUUACAUUGACUUGUCUCAAGCUGACAGUCAUCAAACGUUUUAAAUUGACAAACUCAAGACCAAACAUUUUAAACAAUGCCCACCAUUCCAAUCACAGAGUUAGCACUUACAUGGUUCUGUUCCCAAAUCAUGCCUUGCUUUAAGUGAUGGUCUGUCCUUGCACUAGGUGAGUAUGGUGUAGCUCCUCCAUUGAUUUCAUUUAUCAGUUUUUUUCCAUCUUUGUUUAGCUUACUUUCUGUCAUUUUUGUGUGUCCUGAUUGAUGUCAACUUUACCAACAAUUUAUAUUAAUACCUCAGUUAAUUUGAGAUGAAUGCUAUUUUUUAGCUCCCUCCCCCCCCUCCCCACAAAAGUAAAGUUUUACUUCCAAUUGUUCAUAACAGAAUUUUGAUUUCCAUAGUCAUUGUUUUGUUUGUUAUGGUUUUCUGUCAUUUUUGUUUGGCCUGAUUGAUGUCAACUUUACCAACAAUUUAUAUUAAUACCUCAGUUAAUUUGAGAUGAAUGCUAUUUUUUAGCUCCCCCCCCCCCCUCCCCACAAAAGUAAAGUUUUACUUCCAAUUGUUCAUAACAGAAUUUUGAUUUCCAUAGUCAUUGUUUUGUUUGUUAUGGGACCCUGCUCAUGAUUCCCUCUUACUGGUCAAUAUAAUUUUAUUGUGCAUUGUCAUAUUUUGCUUGGCUGAUGAACAGAGCUAAAAGAAAAAUUCAUAGCUACUUUGCACUACUUGGGAUAAUACUAAAUUUCUUAGUAACAUUUUAAAAAAAGUUCAAUUUACUAAGGGUACAAGUCCUGGUAAGAAAGCAAACUUUUAAUCAGUUGGAAUUUUCAUAACAUCUUAUUGUAGGCAAUAUUUGCUAAAGCAUUUUUACUUUCUUUAAGAUUACUAAAAUUGGGAUAGAUGGAAUAAUGCUUAAUAUUUUUGAAAAAUCAAGUCAGAAAAAUUGCAUUUAACAGCAUAUACACACAAGGAAUCAGAAAGUGCAUUCACCCUUUGAUUGAAACAAUGAAAAAUAGAUAGUUGGAUAGUAAACUAAAAUUUGUCAAGAUAUCUAUCACUCCAGCUUCAUAAUUAACUUUCAAGGGUUAACAGGUAACUUAAACUUUGUAUGAAACAUGAAGUACCACAAUUUUUCUCAAUAAAUUUAAAAUUUAUUGAAUAGGAAAUAGAUUAACAGAGAUUACCUAUUGUUUAGGUAAUUUAUAGCACAUGAAAAAUAAAGCAGCAUGCAAUAAAGUCAUUCUGCUUAACUUAUAAACUGUAUUGAAUUAAUAUACUCUAGUUCAAUACCAGGUCUAUGAAAUUUGUUGUCCCAUCUCCUUUUAUUCAUUUUAGUUUUUUUUCAAAAGUGAUUAUAUAAUGGGAACAUCACAUAUACAAUUACAUUUUAACAAUACUUAAAGAAUUUUUAAAAAGUAACAAUUCGUAAAAAAAAUUAUUAUAUAAUUCAUUUUUUGAAAAUCGUAUAUUACUUUUGAUAUGGCCUUGUCAGCUGAUCAUAACAAAAUGCAAAGUUAUAUGGCAAUACUGUAAAAUUGAUAAAUAGUUUAGAGAUAUCUAAUUUGCAGAAAAAAAAUCAAUUAACUCUAAUUCAUAUUUAUUUUGUUAGAGAAGUUGCAGCUCAAAAGCCAAUACAGAUCUUUAAUUUUUUUACACUUAUUUAUAAUUCAUGGGGUUCCCAAAAUGUUCUUACCAGAUAUAAAUAAUAUAAUUUAUGGGGUAAGAUCACAAAGGAAAAAAAAAAUGGGUUGGUGCAUAUUAUUUCCGCUUUCAUAUCAUUUGUUGUUGUCAUGGUUUGGCUUAGUAAACAUGGAUAAGAUAACGUCACCUUAAAUAGAGAGGAUAGAUAUUAUUCAUAGUAAAAGUAUAAAUUUUAUUUUAAAAACUAUAUUUUUGGGAAUGUUUUAAUUAACCCUACUUAACUUACUAAAAUCGAGUUUAGAAACAAUAAACAUGAUUUUGGAACCUACCCAAAGUGGUAAAAGUAGGCGUAAACCAGGGGCAAGCUGCUAAGUUUAACAAAAAUUUGAAUAUAUGCCAUAAAAAUGGCUCCUCGCUCAAAAAAGGUUAUAGAUUCUUUGUUAAGAGAAUUUUUUUACAAAAGAGUGUUUUUAUAUUUUUUCAAAAUUGUUUUUAAUUAUCUCUGUUUAAAAUUUCUGAAGGUUUUAUUUAUUUAACUUUGAUAUAUCUUUCCCAAUAACGUAAAUUAUGAAACUUUGCUCUACUUUCCCACUCUUGAAGUAACUAAAUCUUGAAUUAUUGAUACAAAUUUUAAAAAAUUAAAGACUAAAUGCGCUAAUCUUUUGACAUAUUAUAUUGGAGUAGAAUAUAAUCUAGUUUUAACAUGCAUUCAAAAGUCAUCCUAAUAAUGGACAUCAUCUAGAGCUAAUUGAAAGUUAAAGGUCAGGUGUAUUUGAUUUGAUGCUACAUUGGAAAGAUAUUCACUUUAGUAUUCUUAACAAAUAAAGAUUAAUAAGUUUCUAAUUCUGAUUUAAAGGAAAACAUUGCAUGUGUGAGAAAAUAAGUUAUCUAAAAAAAAAUGUUUUUUUACAAAUAAAAUUUAAAUAUUACUUUUAUUAAAGUAACAAAUUAAGAGAUACAAAGUGUAUUGAAAAAUUAAAUCUAAAUAAAAUAGUUAUAUUUGUGCUGCACUUCCUGCGCUGCACCUAAAACACAAAUCAUAUUUCAUUUUUAAAUUUGAUUUAAAUACUUUAACAUGCUUCUUUCAUGUAAAAGAAAUGGCUCUGCAUUGUGCAUUUGGGCGGAGAAAUGGAAAUACUGUAUAUAUGUAUUGGACAGGCUAUGCACUUUGAGUAAUCAAAUAUUUCAUUUAUGUAGAAAAUUUAUAGUUUCUUUCUAUUGGUAGACUUACCAUCCUUUAACUAUUACUUUAACUAAUCCCUUUAAAAUAAGAUAGUUGAAAUUUGGAUUUUUUUAAAAAUCCGAACAAAAAAUGUUAUAUCGGUUGCUUGGGACGAAAUAAGAAUUAGUUUUCAAUGAAAUCAUAGGAAAAUUGUUCAGGAAACAAAAUCAUGGAUAUUUUGGGGUUCAGUUUUUAUUAAACUAGUAAUUAUGCCAAUUUCUUAUUUCUGUGUCUGGGUAAAUUGCCCUUUUUCCUGCAGGCUAGCACAAAAACGAGCAAAGGAAAGUUGCACUCCAUGUGAUUGUAGAUCAAUAAUAUGAAGACCAGCAAUUCUCAAUAAUAUUUAAAUGCAGAUACCUGAAUGUUUCAGUGUAUAAAAGAGGAUGCAUCUUAUAACCUAGGAGACCGAGAUAAAAUAAAAAAAUCUUGGUCUUGAAUAUUGAAUUAUGUACCAGUAAAUCAUGAUUUUUAUAAGGGUAUGAAGUUUUAGGAAGAAAUAAUCAACACCAUUUUGUCACCUCCAGAGUCAAUAUUUGACAUAUUGAUUUUAUUAAUAUUUUGCCAAAAAAAAAAAAGAUUACAAAAAAAAAUUUAAAAAAAAUUUUCUAUUAACUGCAACUUUUUUUUUCAUUUAUAGAAGAAAUUGUGUUUAAAAUAGUGGAGAAAACAUUUGGCAACGUAAAUUUUUCAUUUAUUAAUGUAUAUAUAUAAAUUAAAUUAUUUUUAAUUCAAUUAAUUUAAUUCAUAACCUUAUAUUUGAAUAGAAAUAUGUCAUUUACAGUCAUUGAUCAAAGACUUACAUAAAUUAUUUGCCUUCAGUCAAACAGGCAUGCGUUUAAUGGCCAAGUGCCGGAUGUUGCUGCAGGAAAAUGGGGAGCUGGGUAAGAUGAUUUCAUCUGGACGAACAGCAAGGCUUGAAGGAGAAAUAGCACUUCAUAAGGCCUUGGUUACAGAAAUGAAAAAGAAUCAGAAAGGUAAUUUUCUAUAUUUUCAUACUAGAGCUUAUUGGGACGGAGAAAUGGAAAUGCUACAGAUAUGUAUUUGACAGGCUAUGCACUUUAAGUAAUCAAAUAUUUCAUUUAUAAAGAAAAUUGAUAGUUUCUUUCUUUUGGUCAGUGGUAGACAUACCAUCCUUAAACUAUGGUUUUUAAUUCACUGCAACUCUCCCUUUAAAAUAAGAUAGCUGAAGUUUGGAUUUUUGCUUGGGAUGAGAUAAGAUUUAGCUUUCAGUGAAAACAGGAUAGUGGCACUUUACUUGGAUAAUAUUUUUACUAUUUAAAUUGGGAGGUUCAUUUUGAUAAGUUUUUUCCCCUACCUAAGUGAUGGUCUAAAACUUGCUUUUUAAAAGGUUAUGUAUAAUAUAUCUGAAGAUUUUUAUACACUUACAAUUAUUUAAAAAUGGCUUUACUUUUAAUUUUCACACUUACCAAGGACAAUUAUUAGAGUUUACUGAUGCAUUUAUUUAGUAUUAAUUUCCCCCAAACUCUUUAACUUUAAGCAUCUUUACAACAUAGACCAGCAUUUCCCAAUUUAGGGUGGGAUGGGGGUGGGGUUGCUCACAUCCCUAAGGGUUGCGAGAAGGUAUUCCAGGGGGCUGGGAGAAGGCAUGCCAGGAGAUGGGAGGAAAGGGAUUAUACGAGCAGAGUAGAGAUUACAUUUUAAAUUAUGAUAUAUGUUACAUAUUUUUAAACAUUACAUCAUAACAUUUUCCUUUAUGAAUGUCAUAGUUUUAUAUUUUAAGUUCCACAGUCUCUUUGUAAUUCAAUAAAUAAAUAAAUUCAAUAAAUUAAAUGCAUUUUACUUUGUUAGGGAGUGGGAGACUUAGUAAAUCAAUUUGUUGGGGACGCAAGACUAGUCAAAUAAUUCAUAGUGGGCGCUGAGCAUAGAGAUGGUUGUGAAACACUGACUCAGACCGUGCUGUAAAUCAUCACAAAAUUGCUUUCACUGUUGUAAUAGCUAGUUCCCACUAAUUUAUAAGAUAGGCAUUGUUAAAAUUAUACAUCAUAUUUUAUCAGCAAUUAUCUCUUCUGCUUAGAAGUAUAGGAAUGAACUGAGCUAAAAAAAAGAAUUACUUAAUUUUAAAAUGUUUUAAGGGAAGUACUUUAAUAAAUAUUUUACACAUUUUUAUAAAUUAAUUUUAAUUAAUAGUUUUGCUCAUCAUUGCAUGUCAUCUGCUGUUGAUUAUUUAUUUUUUUUCACCUUUUUUAAAAGAUUUGUCUCAAACAAAUUUAAUAAUGUCUUUUGGUAUACAACCCUGUUUCCUAUUGCAUUAACAAUACCAGGACUUUGUCUUUUGAAAAUAUAAGUCACUUUAUCACCUUAUCUGAAAUAAUGUUAUUUAUUACAAGUAUUAAUGGAUUUCCGAGGCACACAUUUUUUGUGUGUACUUGAAAAAUCCAUGAAAAAUACUGCUUUUUUAAUUAGACACAAACUUGAAUAUUAAAUACCAGUCCUUUUUUUUAAUCAGCUGUUGUUGAUUUCAGAGCUGGAUGAGUUCCUGAGAGAGUUAGAUGUUGAUGUCGAAGGAAUGCAAGGAAUGAUAUUUAUGUUGCAACAGCAGCUAAAAGAUGCUCGAGAUCAAAUAUCUCGCCUCCAACAGGAAAAUGAGCAAUUGAGGACUUUGCGUCACCCAGACCCAGAAGUGGGUGUGGGUAUAAAGGAAAAUAGUUCCACACCAUUACACAGCUGGUCACCAGAAAACCUUGAGAGGGACUCAAAGCUGCAUGCUUCAACAGCAAACUCAGGUAAUAGUACUUGGUCUGACCAUGGGACGAACAGUUCAUCACCUGUGAUGGUAUCUUGUCCCGCAGCCUCGUCCACUAGAAAUCAAUCUGACCCCUUAGCCAUUGCUCAAAACACAGAGGGUGAUUUCAAUAUGGAUAUGUUUGCUGUUAAAGUGACACCUGACUCAGGGAUGCAAACCCAGGAAGAUGAAGAUGUUUCCCUAGAUACCACAGACUUUAGAUCCUCUCUGGAGCUUCAAGAUCAACAAGGAGAUUCUCGUGACUCACAUUCAAAAAUGGAGCAAGAAACUAGGAUGUUUGAUCCUCUAGAGGAAAGCUCUCAGGAGCCUAUCUCCUCACAGACAGGGGAUGAAAGAACUAAUAUCUCCAUCAGCACCACCGGAUCUAACAAAACAAAUGACAGCAGACCCACAUUUAUGUCAUCAUCAUUAAGAGAAACUAGUGCAACAUGUUUACCCAUUGAUCGGACAGCUCAGCCAACAGUGGCUGAAAAAUGCUCUGCUUUGCUAGGAGAAUCUCUGACUGAUGGGAGAGAGAAUUGUGCAGAUAGGACAAACUACUCAAACCCAGGUAUAAAAGAUGAACCUCCAACUUUAUCUGCUUCAUUAGAGACCACUUCUGAAAGGACCUGUCUUGAUACUGUGCAGGAUGACAAAACGGCGUUACACUCCUCUUUAGGUUUAAAUAGCUUAGUAAAAGCUGAAGACGACAGACAGGACUGUCAGUCAAGAUUGGGUUUAUUAAAUGGGACUUCAAACCUUCCAGGACAAGGGCUGUGAAUGUCAUCUAUGCUGUAAUACCCCCCAUCCCCGCCUGCCUGCCCAGAAUGUGCUGGAUUACUCCACAUAUGUUGGUGCUGGUGCACUUGCGUGUUGUUUCUUGAGUUGUCUUAGCUUUGUCUAAAUUAAUGCUCUCAACAGCAGAUACUAGCUCUUCAGACUUUUUUUUCCUGGAAAAUCAGAUUUUGUGGCUUUUAAAUCGAUUUUGAUGUAAAGAAAAAGUGUCUUAACCACCUUUAUUUGUUCAAUUUUUAAUUAGUUUAAUAAAGAAAAAAAUAAAAUCUCAAUUUAAAAAAAAAAAGAAGAUAAAUAUGAGAUAAAUCUCACUAAAUAACUGUGUAGUGAAUUAUAUACAAUUUGUUCUUUAUGAUAAACAUUAACAUAAUGGUGAGUCCCAAAUAAAAAUUCACACCGGGUAAUCUUUUACAAAUUAAAAACUGAAAGCUAUUUAUUAAAAGUGUAUGGAAUCUUGUAUUUUACAUAACUUUCUCAAUUUUGUGGCAACCAUUUAUGUUCAUCAUUAAUGAACAUCAGGACACCACAUGCUUUCGUUGAUUUUUACAUAGUUGAAUAACAAUAUUACCAAAGUAAUAACCAAAACAUUUUUCUGAAAGUGUUUCAGUAUUAGUGAUUAACCUAGCCGUAUAAAAUUGAUAGAACUAAGAAAUGAGAAGCAAAAUGAUAGAAACGAGGAGCAAAGUGAUUCUUUUUUAAAUUUUGAAAUAUUGGUAGCAAUUAAAAUAGCAAAUUGCCAUUUAAAAAAAAAAGACAAACUUUUAAAAGAUUUUUAAAAUGUAAAAUGUGGGAGAACUACAGAUAAACUAUUACAUCAUACGCAUGUAGUAUUACCUUUUCUGUUUGUUUGGUUUUAUGUUUCAUACAAAUAUGAUAAUUAAGGAAAAAAGCCCUAAAAGCCAUUCAAAUUUUCACAUGUUAUUACAUUUUCUGUUUAAACCUAUUGAUAAAACAAAAACCAACUAGAUUAAGGUGUCACUUGAAAGCUUUUAUUGUCCAUCUUGUUAUUUUUAACUUUUACAUUUUAUUACCCCCCAAAGUCCAGAAUCAAGGACAGCAGAAAAGAUAUGGCAUUCUUUCUAUUUUAAUUCAAGCGUGUUGGUAUGUCUGCCUACUUUCAAUGAUUGUACAUUUCUGAGAUUGUUUUAGUGUGUGUAGAAAUUUAGACUUUAUGUUUCAUUCUGUCUGUUAGUGUAAAUGAAUAAGAACUGAACUAUAUCACUAUUAAAGGCAAAUGACUUGUGUGAUAUGAUCUUUAACUAUAAAUAUGAAAAUCAAAUAAUAUUCUCCCACUCCCCUUUACUAAGUAUUACAAGAGUUUCUUGACAUGUUAGAAAUUUAAAACAAAUUAAAGAAAGUCUGAAAAGUUUGCUAAGCUAAUCAAUUCUGGCAUUUGGAUAAAAUCUCUAUUACUGUUUUAUAUUUCAAACAUUAAAUGUUACAAGGUAUUGGUUUAACCUUUUAAAGUAGCACAUAAAAUAAUCAUGAUUUUUGGGACCAUAGCUUAGAUGUGGAAAUAGCUUUUUUUAAAGAAAUAUGACUGUAUGUUAUAGAAACCUUUACGUUUUACAUAUAUUUUCCCUGUACUAAGUUAUAGUUCUUAAAGACAAAAAUACUAUUAAGAUGCAGAUUAUUUUAAAAUAUUUUUCUGAUUUUAAGUUUAGAAUAUACUGACGUAAACCACUCUUCUUCUCUUCUAUAUUUUGAGGGCCCAUGAUCAAUGCAUUGAUCAUUCUGGCUCACAUGACUUACUACACAAAUAUUCUCAUUUCAUUUUUGAAAAAAGCCUAAAAAUGAAAUUAAUUAUUUGACAUCAAUUCUGUUCAUCCAAUCACUGUAUGAAAUUUUAUAAUAAAAGAAUGUGUGUGUGAGGGGAGGCAGGGAGACUUCUGAAAUUAAAAUGUACUUGUACAUUCUGGAGAGGUGAAAAAAAUUGUUAAAAGUUGCCUGUUGAACUGUAAACAGAUUCAUAUCCAUUUUCUGUUAUGAGUGUAAUUGUGAAAAGCUUUUGUUAUUUUUUAAUCUAGGAAAUUAUUUAAUCAUCUCAAAUGCCAUGUUUUAAAAAAAAUGAGUUUUUGACAGAUAAGUUUAAUGAAACAAAAUACAGUUUUAUGAAUGCAUUGAUCAUUUGUUGUGUGUCUUAUUUUAGUCCUUAAGAGAUGCAUUGGACAAAAAUGAAAGAAAUGCAUUUUGUUUACCAUAGGUGGUGAGGAAAGGGGAAACUAUUGUAGUGUAGCAUUCCAUCCAGGUGGAAAUAUAGUGUAAGUGGAUAGCUGUUUAGAUAAAAGUAUAACUGUAGGCCAUGCACUAAUGCUGAUUUUGUGAAUAUCUACAACUUCCAAAUCGUAUUCCAAUUUUCCUUAAUUCAUUUAAUAAAUUUUUUAAUUUAAUUGUAUUUGAAUAAUAUUUUUAAAAAAAGAAUAGCAG